AUGGUAGCAGGCGCCAAUGCUCAUUUCCGUCUCCUCGAGCCCUUCUGGCGAGGCAGCUCUUUCGCAGCGCCAGCAAGCCAAUGGAUCUACCCAUGUGCCAACGUCAAUGAGACUACCGACAUGUCAAACCGCACUGUAUGGCCCGUAACUGGCGGCUCUACUCUGAUCAACGGUUCCCACGAACAUGCCCUCACCGCAAUCAACCUCGCUCUCGGUACCAACGUCACAAAUUUCAACAUCUCGCUCGUCGAAAUGUUCAACCAGACCGGCGCUGGUCUCUUCUGCCUAAAGGAAACUGGCCGUGCAAACCUCGAAGCCGGGUUCAAGGCUGCUGGCUACUCUGGCUUCGACGACGAGCGCAUCAACGGACUCAUGGGAACCAUCCAGGUCAUUCAGCUUGGCCACUCCGGAAGCGCACUGUACAACUGCGCCGACAUCAUGUUCAACUCGACUGCCCAGCUCCUCUCCGACGACAAAUGCCAGAACAGCACCGGCGUCUCUGGCGUCGCGAUUGCAAACGUAGAAUCCGCAACGCAGAGCGAGGGUGGCAAUGGCACCUCUGGUCAGGCCCCUCAGCCAACGGGUGCGGCAGGUCAUAUCAGCCCAGCACUUGGCACGACAGUGUUUGCGGCGGUAUUGGCUUGGGGACUCUUGUAG